AUGGAGGAUCCAAUUUCUGUGUACAAAAUUCUCCAGGAUCAGUUUAAUGACGACCUCAAGAAGUCAUUUCUAGAGAUGCAGAAAAUGAAGCAGACAAUUGGCGGUGAUUCGUCCUUCUGUUCCGCUGUUAUGACAUCUUUUCAAUAUAAAAUUCGACCUGUGUUUAAUUCAGUCAUAGAAGAACUGGUUGAAAGUUAUAAGAAUGCGGCUACUCUCACCAUGAAACUGGAUGAUAUGGCUGCUCAAAGAGAAAUUUACUUGAAUUCUUACGAAACGAUUUCUAAAUACUAUAAAGGAAUGGGAGAACAAUACAGAAAGCUUUGGAAUGCAGCAGCAAUGUCAUUGAAGAUAGCUUAUGACUCAAUUCAAGCUCACAAAACAACUUAUACAAAUAAUAUUCAAAUGCGUGCGAAAUAUGACCAAAUAGCUCGCGAAAAUAAUACACUCAAAAGGAGAGUGAAAUUCUACCAUGAACAAAUGGAAGAAAUGUACAGCAACGACGAUAAAUUUACAAAUACAAAAGAAGCUGUCUUAUUACUUAAAGCAACAGCUGAAAAUAAAAAUGAAAAGUUACAAAGAGAGUUCAAACAGCAGAUUUAUAACCUUUGCGCUGAAAAAGAAACAAUUGAACAACAAUUUCAAGAAAAAGAACUUGAAUCGAACAAAAAGAUAUUAGAACUCGAACUCACAUCAAAGGACUUACGUUCUCAGAUCGAAACAAUUCAAAAUACAUGUAAAAAUUUGAAUGAAAAUUUAGAACAUAAAAAUCAAGAAUUAAAUCAAAUGUCAGAUGUCAUUGCAAUAAAUACAACACUUGAGAACGCCAUACAAGAGCUUUGUCUUCAUUUUUCUUUCAUAAAAUUCGAUGGUCACCAAUUUGACUGCAAACUCGAAGAUUUUACCAAGGAUAACAUCGCCCAGUUUGAACAUGACAAUCUCCGCAAGCAAAAUGCUAAACUUACCUCUGCAAAUUCAGAAUUAAGAAGAAAAAUUUCUGAAUUACGCACUUCGAACGAAGAACAAACGAAGAAAUUAACACAGGACCACAGUGAUGAGAACAGGGCCAAGGAUCACCGUAUAAAUUCUCUUGAAAACAGCCUGAAUCAGAUAAAUCGCGAAAAAAUCGAUCUCCAGAGCAGAUUGUCCGACCUCCAGAUCGAUAAAAAGAAAGCUGAUUCGACCAUUGCUGAUCUCAACGACCAAAUUCUGACUUUGAAGCAGAGAAUUCAGCAAACAAAGGAUCGCGAGGUCAGAAUCAACUCCAGGAACGAAGACAGAGAGCAGCAGUUAUCAAUAUUGAACUUCCGCAAGGCAGGACCCCUCGUAAACAUGUUUUCUCCAAAUAAUGCGUUUUCUGAUAUCGCGUUAAAGGAAUCCAACGAUCUCCUUAGGAAGCAGAAGCAAGAACUCGAACUCAAGAUGGCGGAAAUGCAAGCGAAAAUGACGAAAUUGGAAUCUUUGGUUUCAGGAAAUUCUUUGAUUUCGGAAUUGGAAGAAGCCAACAGGAAAAUUGCUUCACUUGAAGCAACAGUGAAUAUUCUGAAGCAGAAAGAUACGCUUGUGAAGAAGGCAAAAGAAAGAAUUUCAGAAUUAGAAGAAGAAAACAAGAAAUUACAGGAACAAGCAGCUGCAAAUGUUCAAAUCAAUCAUCCUGAGCCAGAAGUUGAUGAUCCGGAGAUGGUUGUAAGAACUGCAGACGCAAAAUUAGAAGAAAUUAAUGAAAUUGAAGAAGAAAGCAAACAAAACGAAGAACCUGAACAAAAACAAGAGGAAGAAACUGUUCAACAUGAGCCAGAACCAGAACAAAAAGAAAAUACUGAAGAAAAAGAACAAAUUCAAGAAGAAUCAAAAGAAAAUGUUGAAGAACAUAAAGAAGAAGCACAAGAAGAGUAA